CCACCUGGUGUUUAUCAUGGCAUUCAGUCAGAAGGAGACAAAGAUGACCGGAUAAUACCAGAUCCUCCACCCAGGGACUUGGACGAAAGAUCUCUAUCGGCUAUUCUGACGCCCAUUGAACUUUCAAUCUUGCCACCUCCCUUGCCUUACAACAGUGAAGGAAUUCCAUACCAGAAUCAACAAGCACUUAUGGAUUUGGAUCAACAGGAUAUGAAAGGAGAUGAGGAUGAAAGAAUUAUGUACAGCAUGCCCGGUGAACCACCCUUACCUCCACAAGAUUUUGACGAGCGAGCACUCCUACUACCAGACGAAGAAAGAAAGAGGGAUAGAUCCCGCUCCAGAUCAAGAGGAAGAAGCGGAAGACAUAACAGGAGUCGUUCCAAGUCUCCCAGAAGGAAAAGAUCUCAAUCGAGAUCCCGAAAAAGUUCCCGUUCUGAAGGUCGAGAAAGGAUUCAUGAAAAAGAGCGAGAAAGAGAACGUGAGCGGGAGCGACGUAAAAAAGGUUUACCGCCAAUCAAAAAAGGCUCUGUCAGUGUUUGCAGUACUACUUUGUGGCUGGGUCAUGUACCUAAAUCUUGCACUGAAAGUGAUAUCAGUGCUGUGUUUGGUGAAUUUGGAACAAUAUUAAGUAUCGAUAUGAUUCCUCCAAGGGGGUGUGCUUUUGUCGUCAUGGAUCGGAGACAGGAUGCCAAUAAAGCCGUACUAAAAUUGAAAAAUCUGAAAUUACACUCGAGUUUGGUGAAGUUGGCCUGGGCUCCUGGCAAAGGAGUGAAGGGAAAAGAAUAUAAAGAAUAUUGGGAUGUUAAUGCUGGUGUUAGCUAUGUGCCCCAUGAAAAAAUUCCUGAAGGUUCUUCUGAAUCUUUAGAUCUUUUGGAAGAAGGUGGCUUUAUUGAUGAAGAAUCUUUGCCAGACAAUUUAAAAGAGUUGAGAAGUGAGACAAAGGACAACAAGAUGAGCAGUACAGCGGUGGCAGCAGCAUUACCCACAACGGCAGUCCCUCCUCCACCUCCCAUCAUUCCACCGGUUAACUUGUCAGGAAUGGUUCAUCUCAUGCAACCACAAUUUGGACUGCCCCUGCCAGGUUUGCUUCCGCCUCAGGCAAUGGUGAUGCAAGUGCCUAUGGGUAUACCUCCACCUAAUCCGAUGUUGAUGGUGCAACAACAGUCCCAAGCCAUCCUAAAUCCAAUAGGAAUGCCACCCAUGAUCCCUCGUGCUGUUCCUCCUGUACCGAAUGCCUCCUUGCAAAAUUUCAAAAACGGUGAUGCAGUUUCACCUUCUGGAGAUGCCACUCCCACAGAAGAAGACGGCACAAUCAACUCUCCAAUUUCAAACGCUGUUUCAUCUGCACAACAAUCCAAUCCCGUUAGUCAGUUUAACGCUAUAUUGGGCCUCCAGAAUCGCCCCAUGCUGCCUCCUGUCUCGUCUGCCGGAGCACCUAUACCAUACCCCCCACCCACUCUUGGUUUCAGUUUCCCCCCUCCCGGCAUUCGUCCUCCGCAGUUUCCUUGGCUUCAGCAAAAGCCGUUUAUUCCGGACAAGGUCAAGCAGGACGAGGUGGAGAAGAAGUCGGACGAUAUGGAAAUUUCAGGAAGCAGAAGCAGCCCCUCUCACGAUAUGGUAAUAAGCACGGACGAUGAAUCUUCCAUGGAUAGAGAUUAUCCACCACGAAAUGAUCCUAGAUUUCAAGGUCCUACCGAAUUUCCCCAUCAUCCGAGGGGUGGGCUCGUGCGUUUUCCCAGAGGCUUUCCUCCCAGGAUGGGCGGGCCCAGAGGAAUGCACCCGAAUCACCAACACAUGGAGUUUGCGCCACAUCCCAGAAUGCCGCGUAGAGAGAUGCCCAUGGACGGCCGCGACUGGUACCCGCGCGACUACGAUCAUUUCGAGAGGGGGUUCGACAAAGCUUGGGGAGAACCCGACAGGUUCGACUGUGAAGAAAAUUUCAAUGAGAGGCGGAACUAUCGCAACGAAAAUAGGUCGAUGGCCGAAGUCAAGCAGAAGACUGUUGAAUCAAAAGACAAACAGAAAUCUAAUAGCAAAAGAAACAGUAAAAGUCUAAUGGACGAUAUGUUUAAACUGAGGUUUUAUCAAAGGGACAAAAAUCCCAGUUACGCGUCCCAUCUCUCGAAGAAGUUAGAAACAAAAAAGAAGGAAACUGUCACGACGAAAAGUAGUGAGACAACAAUGACGACAACAACAGACUCUGGAAGAAGUAAGCGCUCGUCGAGGUGGGGUAGGACCUUGUCCGAAGAGAGAGAAAUCCAGGAUCAGAAGCGGUUUGAAAUAGAAAUAAAAUUUCAAAGUUAUGAACAAUCUUCUAAAGCCUUGCAGGCUGAACAGAAAGAAGAAUCUAGUAACACUCCUGUGGUGGACACUCCUGUUGCGGACACUCCUGUAGUGGACACUCCUGUAGUGGAUACUCCUGUAGUGGAUACUCCUGUUGUGGACACUCCUGUUGUGGACACUCCUGUUGUGGACACUUCUGUUAUGGACACUUCUGUUGCCUCUGGGUGUGAUGAACCAUUAACUAAUACUGUAAAUAGUGAAACAAUAGACAAUACAAAUGCUGCUCCUUCUGAAAGUUAAUAUUAUUUCAAUAAAUAUUCCCCUCAGCUCUUA